UAGGCGCCGGCAAAAGGGGGCCGGGCCGGCGGAGCCUCGGGUCUCUCCCCGCUGGGGCCGCCGCUGCCCCCGCGAGUUUCACCUGCUGCCGCCGGUUGGCAGAGCGCCUGGCCUGGCCGGGAAGGAGGGGGGACUAGCCCCGCCGCCGCCGCCGCCUCCCGCCGCCCAUGUGAUCCGGAGCCAGCGACUUAAAAGGGGGCCGCUGCGGCGCUGCCUGCCCAGACCAGACCAGACCAGACCCGCGCGGGGGUGCGGGGAAAGCGCUCGCCGGGGAGACCGAGGGAGACCGAGAGAGAGAGGGAGAGCGCGCUCGCCUGGCCCUGCCCGCCCCGACCGACCCGCAGACAUUCCCGCGCCCAGCCAUGGCCGAAGCCUUCGCCGGCGUCUGGCACCUGAUGGAGAGCAACAAUUUCGACGAGUACAUGAAGAGCAUCGCUGUGGGCUUUGCCACAAGGCAGAUCGCAAACAUGACCAAACCCUCCGCUGUGAUUACUGUUGAUGGGGACAAGGUAACGCUCAAGACUCAGAGCACUUUCAAGACCACAGAGAUCAGCUUCAUACUGGGAGAAGAAUUUGAUGAGACCACUGCGGAUGACAGGCACGCCAAGUCCAUUGUGACAUUAGAAGACGGAAAACUUGUUCACGUGCAGAAAUGGGAUGGAAAGGAGACAACACUAGUCCGGGAACUGAAGGAUGAAAAACUAAUUUUGACUCUGACCAUGGGUGACGUAGUCUGCACUCGUAUUUACCAGAAAGCGCAGUAACAGCUUCCACCUGCUUUCAACCACCAGUCAUUGAAUGCCAACCUCAUUGCCAAAUUGCCUACAUUUUUUUUGUCCAGUGUUUUGUAUAGUUAUUGGAGUUUUGAACCCAUUUGGUAUCUGACUCUCCUCACAACUACCUAUCAAACCAAUCCUGUUUUUUUUUCUUGCUUUUAAAAAAAAUUAAUACUGGGGGGAGAAACACAGUGGAGAAUAAU